GAGGACGAGCGAGAGGGAAACACUGAGAGAGAACGAGGUAGAAUUAAACUUAGGAUGAGAGAAUGAGAGAGAUGGAAAGAGAGAAAAGAGAGUGACACAGAGGAGAAAAGGAGGAGGGUCUGGAAAUCUGUCUCACACACACACACACACACACACGCACACACACACUUCCACACGUUGAAGCCCAGGAGAGUACAGGUGGGAGUGGAUUAGAAGGAAUCCAAGUUCAUCUCAAUAUCCUGGCGAGGUUAAAACGUCAGCCUCGUUCUGGAGAAACUAUCUGCAUCAGUCUGCUUUGUUUCAUCGGACCUAAGAGCAAAUAAACGCAACAGUUUAUUAAACCUGACUGACUGAGAGAACACACAAAACCACCCAAGUGGAAGUUUUCUGUCGGCAAUUUGACAGUAUAAAGGACCUGUUAUGGAAGUACAUCAAGUCGCUGUUUAUCAUCAUGUAUAACAUGUUUAACUUUAUGUAUAAAUAAUAAGAAAUCCUCGUUUAAAUGUGAAUUAUUGGAACAGCGACGCUGGGAAAAUCGUGUGACCUUUUACGAUGAAUAGUGCUUUCAUGCUCUAAUGCAAUUACAGCAAGCUACAGUACAGUACGUCACCUUUCUUUUCGAGACUUUGAUGUGUGUCUUUUGAGAACUGUGAUCUGCCCCGUGGAGAUUGUGAUAUACGAGCAGAGGAGCGUUUAAGGAAUGAGAGAAGAAAGAGAGAAAGAAAAAUGUUUAGAUCGCUAAGGAAAAACAAACCCCGAAAGGAAACGUGGAUGAUCUUUCAACUUUUACCCGAUCUGAAGUGGAGCGCAUCGCAAAUUGUGAAAUAUCUUUGGCUGUUUUCCAUUGGAACAGGUCCAGCGUGCGUCUAAAGGAAUCUAACAGGAUUUUGUUUUCGAAUUUAAGUAAUAUUACAUGGCAUCGAAAGUAAAAGUGUAUCAUCGACUUGCUGUGUAACGGACUAUUCCCAAAAAAGGACUGCCAGGCUGAAACGUAACUCUGAUUGUGCUGGUUUGUUUUUGCUUUGAAAACAGAGCAGUACUUAGAACCCUCCCUUUUGGCCAUCCUGACCACCCAUAAGGGACAAAACAUUAGUCAAGCACAGGCACGCAGAAAAAAAGUGGACCCUCUAGACCAACAACGUUUGUUGUUUUAAUCCCUUCAAGCAGCCACUCUUGAGCUGGAAAGAUGGAAAGAGGACAUGACCCUGUCAGGAGAGGGAUCAGCUGGACUGGACACGGCACCACGACCCACGGCACCGUAAUCUCACGUGAGGAAAAUACAGACAUGACAGGAACUGAUUCCUGGGAAAAGGAGAAGCACAACUUGGUCAAAGCAAAGCCUCUGAUGACCCCUAGCACUGGUCACCCAUCACGGAAAACAAAUCUUGAGCGGAGUGCCAGUUUGCCGGAGAAGGAGCUGAAAGAAGCACGAACACGAAGUCAGAUCAUUGCUGCACAGCUGACUGUGCCAUCAAACCCCAACUCCCGAGGUGUCCAGCUCUUCAACCGCCGCAGAGAAAGAGUGAACGCCUUCACGAUCGUGAGUGUUGCUGGUGGAGGAGAAGAAAGCAAUCAAGAGUCCCAUCAUGAACCUGACUCACCUUCUUCAAGUGCAUUAACAUGUAACAGGGAGUGCUGGACUGAUAGCCAGGUCAAAGACUUGAAACACAGAAGAAGUGAAACGCAACUCCAGUGGCCAACACUGGUUACACACAGCAAGGGACAUAAAAUGGAGGAUGUUGGCGAAGUGGCACAUGAAGUGGGACAUGAGAGGCAUUUUCUCCCUGUAAAUGAUAAGGAUGAAGAGGUUCCUGAGCAUGGAGAAGCAGGAAAGGAUAUCACCUCUGAUGACAAUACUCCUGCUGUUCCUAAUCCUAGCCAAGCAGGAGAGCAGGAUGUGCAGAUAAAUGGGACAUAUGAAAACCAAGUGGAGGCUCCUAAAGCCACCCCAAAUGGAAGCCACAGCACUGAGACCAACAGUAAAGCAGAGGACUCAGUACUGAAGCAGUCGCCCCUUACAAACAGGACAGCACGGCCAUUUUCAUCCCCUGUUGUGAUGAACUCGAACGAAUCCAGCAUUCUUUCUCCAGACAUCCCUCUCGCCCCAUCCUACUCUGCUCCUCGUCUUCCAGCUCAGUAUGAACCACCUGUAUAUUCUGGCCAGGAACCUCAAACAUUUGUUAAACCAACUUUUGCGGUAUCCUCCAGACAAGUGUUCUCCCCUCCACCUCCAGCUCCUUCAUACCCAACCCCUCCACUUCCUGGAUACAUGACCCUACCUCCAUCUAUCCCAUCUGAUCCUCCUCCACAAUCAGCCAUGUCUCCCCCUCCAUCACCUGCCUACUACACUUCAUUGGCCACACCAAUCUCCACCUACAUGCCUCAGCUACUGUCUGAUAGCAGGCCAAUGACGCCCAACCGCACAGGCAUUCUAGAUGAAGGCCGGUGUAAACGAUCUAACCGCAAGUCAAUGUUUACAUUUCAGGAGAAACCAAAGUCAGCUCCGACUCCCGAGCUCUUGUCACUGGUUCAAGGAACAGAUGAGAAGAAAAGAGGCAGAGGACAGGCAGAAACCCAUCAGGAAGAGGAGCAGCUGGCUUUAGGGGCAGAAGCAUCCAAUUUCCUGGUCAAGGAUGAGAGUGGUGUGGAAGAGAAUUUUGUGCCAGUGUGGUCCUCGACACUGAAAAGCUCCAGAACACGAGACAGGGUAGAGCACAAGCCUGAGCAAGCCCUGACCAAGGCAUCCGGCAAAGGUGCAGAGCUGUUUGCCAAACGCCAGACCAGAAUGGAGAAAUAUAUUCAUGAAAAUGCAGAGGGACUAAGAUCACCUUCUCCCACCACGUCUCUUCCUCCCUCAUGGGUGUAUCCGUCAAACAUGCCCGGUCGUGUCAAGGCCAUGAUUAAUGCCUCCAACAUCUCCACAGAGUUUUCCAAGACUCUCCAAACCCAGCUUGCCACACAGAAAAAGAAUGUGCCAGCAAAGGCACCUGUACCAGCUCCGGUCCCGGAGAGCCCGACAUUAGAAAACGGCUGCAGCAGAGUGGAAAUGGAGCUAUCUCGGCACCAGCCUUACCAGCUCAAUUCAUCCCUGUUCAUCCUCAACCCAAAUAAGGGCCCUUUAAGCAAUCUUCCCAAAGCAGCACCCCCUCCUAAACCUGUGGUGAUGACAUCCUCAUAUUCCAGACAGACCUCUCUUCCAUCUACUCCUGUCCCAACCCAGUAUGACUUACAUGCCUACAGGUUGGCUAACUGCUUCUCCCCUCCCAUGAUGCCUGUGGAAUCGGUGAGCAGGAAUGUGACCACCUCUGUGUCAGGUCUCGCUCCUGAGCGUGUGACUUCACCUCAGUCGGUCAUCCAGGCACCCAAGCCCACCUUCUCAACCAAGAAAGCUGGGAUUACCCCACAGGGCAAGGAAGGUUCUCCAACUGCACCACAGUUGAACAGCCCCAACAGCCCAACGCCUUGGACACCCAAUGUGUCCCGGCGUCUGUCUAGCACAGACAGGUCUCCAGGUGCAGUGUGGACACCCAGCAGCCAGCACAACUCUCUGGUAACCUCCCCACCACCAAGAAUCAUCCAUAACCCAAUCAACUCUGUUUCUUCUUCACCACCACCACCAAGGUCAAUCCAUAAUUCCACAACAUGCUCCCAAAAUUCAGGGUCCAUUCAUAAUCCGGUCACUUCCUCUCUAACACCACGUUCUAUCCAGAACCUCAUUAGCCCUCCCCCAACCCCAAGACCCUUCCAUAGCCCAAUUGCUUCAUCCCCAGAUCCACAGUCUCCCAGCUCCUCCCCAAUAUCUAAACCCUUCAAAAGUUCUGUCUCCAUUAUUUCAUUGUCCAGGCCAACGAAUAACCGCACAGCUACUACACCUGUAUCUCCACCUUGGGAAACCAGGUGCCAAUCCCCCAGCCCUCUUCAAGACACCAAGGCCAAUCACCGCCUCCUAGCCAAAAACAUCAUCAACGCAGCCAAGCGGAAAAACAGCCUAUCGCCCGGGGCUCUAAGUGGCCAUGGUCUCCUUAUGUCUCCAGUAAACAAUACCAUUUUGCCCUUUGAGACCAAACCUCAGAGUCCCUUUCAGUCUCGCUCACUAGGUGCCCAGUCACCCACAUUCACUAGCCCCCCUGCUACACCCACACAAAUGGUCCGGUCCCCUUUGCGCCUCUACACUACUCGGUCUCUCACUGAUUCAGAUGCUUCACUGGAAUCAGAAGACUCUGGAAUGCGUUCUCCUGGGGUCCGCAGCUACAACACCUGCCCUCGUGGUUGGUCUGGAAGCUUGAGGCUCAAACGAGGUGGGAUGUCGGAAGACCUGUAGGUUGGAGACAUAAUGUAGAAUGGAAUUUGGACUUGAACCGUGGUUAUCUGUUAUCCUUCUGUCACUUACUUACCUAUAGAAUUUCAUUUACUACUUGAUUCAGAUAUAACAUCUGCCUACGCUUUUUGCCAUUUACAAUGUUGGAGAAUGUUUUUAUAGAAACCAGAAGGACAAGAAGAGUACAAGGCCUAAAGGAUUACGGAUUACGUGUCUAGAUGACUGAUCUUACUUAAUACAUAAAAAUAUGACAACUGAAAAAUGUUUCUGAUUUGGGUUGGAACUGAACACCUCAGGCCAGUCAGUUGGGUUGGUGACCACUGGACAAUAGGGAAUGGACAAGAGAAUGAACAGCAAUCCAGGGACCAGAUCAACUGGACAGAAGAAUUGACUACAACCUAGGGACCAUACAAAACGGACCGCGAUCUAUGAAUAUAUAUGGAUCGGAUCAAGGACUAUAAUCUUGGGAUCUAAGAAAACAGACUACAAUUUAGGGAUCAUAGAGAAUAGACGGAGAAUGGACUACAAGCAAAGGGUCGUAGAAAAUGGACAGGAGAACGGAACCACAUACAGAGAUAAUAGAAACUGGACAGAAGAACGGACUACAUUUUAGGGAUCGUGGAAAAUGGACCGUAGAACUAAUAACAACCAAAGGUUCACAAAGAAUGGAUGGUAGAAAGGUUUAUAAUUGUGGAAUCUUAACGAACGUACCAUAAUCUUGAAUUACAUUCGAGGAAUACUGAAGGACAACGGUAGAUUAUAUAACGGAUAAAAAAAAAAUGGACUACAAUCAAGUAAUCUUGGAGAAUAGUUGAAAGAAUUGGCUACAAAAUGGAGCAAGAACAUUUCCAGUUUCAUUCCAAACUGGCCUUUAUAUUCUGAAUGUACAGUAAUGCUGGGGACGUUUGGGAUUCGACCAACACUCGUGUUGUAUGAUGUUAAUUUGCUUGGAUUUAUACAGCAAUAAUGAACUUUUAUUCUUUUAAUCAGUGGUAUUCAUUCUCAGUCUGGUUUCACUUUCUGCACACAGUUGUUUUUUUUUUGUUUUUCAUAUUCUCUGCUCUGCCACACCUGAUUCCACUCACAAUGGACUUGACAAUGGGAAUGAGUGGAACCAGGUGGGACGAAUGAGGUUAAAAACACUAGCAUGUGCAAAUAAAAAUGAAGCCCAGACCUGGCACUGAAUACCUCUGCUUUUAUUGCUUUGCACCUGACUGUUUUUUCUGGACAAACUGCACAUUACAUCUACUUACAUUUAUUUAACCAAAGACUUUUUAAUGGCUUCUGAUGACCAAAGAAAUGUUUGACGUGCGAGUAUCUUAGAAGCAGUGUUAUUGUUUUAUCGGUUUGUUCAUUUCGCCUCGUUGACAUUUUGUGUCCAGUGUCGAUUUGAGAUCAUUGGAGUCGAAGGUAUGUAGUUUACUGGGAGUGUUUGUGGUUUGAGACAAACGUAGAAGGAACGGAUCGGCACGAAACGCCUGAAAGUAAUUUCUGAAAGGUUAAAACUUCUGAGAGUUUUGUUAAUGAGAACUGAUUAGGUUUAAUGGCAAUGUUUAUGUCUAUGAAUUAGAUUACGUGCUAUAAAAGCAGUAUCCUGAUCGGUAGCUGACUUUAAAACAUACAUGUAAUUACCGAACUGAACAUUUAGCAAACAGUAAUAAGAAUUAAAUACAAAAUACCCGGUGGAUGAAUAAGUGGCGAUUUGGAACCGGAUCUAAUUCACAGGUUAGUGUAUGCAGACUCUUACUUGGUACUUAAACAGAAGGUUUGUAGUCUUGUAACGGAAAUAAGAAAGGCAAAAUGUAUGCGAUUUAACGAAAGCAGAGAUAGUAGGAAGCAUGUUAGAAUUCGAAAGAUGUGAAAAUACAGGAAAUGCUUUGACAAAGGUGGAAAAAAUGUAAGGGACUAAAGCAUCUACACAUUUGUAUUAGCUUUGUUUUUAAUUAUAAAAUGAUUUUUUUUCAGGUUUCAAAGGCAAAGGGAAGUAUUGGAAGAAAAAGAAAUGACCUCCUUAGAUCAUUUUGUGUUUAGGGGUGGACAAAUUAAGAAUUCAUUGCCUUACCCAUCAGACAUGAAGAAGUUUCAGUGUGCUGCCCAUUAGGCUAAAAGCUAGCUAUCGUACCGUAGUGACGUAUAGUUAGCUAGUUAAGUAAAUUCAGACAGACUAAAGGAAGUGAACUGUUAUGUGAAAAUGUAGCAGAUUUUUGGAUUGAAUAUACAGUAUGAGCUGUGUUGCAAAGUCUGGCUACGUGUUUAUUUUCUAUCUAUAUGAUUAACCGUAAGGUGAGAGCAUGUAGUAAGAGCUCUUUUAGCGCUAAGUAUUGCUUCGUAUGUAAAUCAGAAAUAGGGUUUAUUUUCUGUAUCUGGGUCAAGUUUCCUAAAAAGCACUGCAGCAAAAUAAUACGGUUUAAUGAUCGAUUGAGCAUCACAUUAAACAUUCUGUCUUCUGCUUAAGAUGAUUUUGACUAUGUGAUGCUUUUGGGAAACUGACAAGAAAUUUGCUUGUCCCAGGAAUCCUGUGAUAAUGAUUUAUCUACCCCUGGUAUCAUUUCAUCCUAAGGAAUACUUGACCCCCAAAAAAAAAAAAAACAUGGCUAGUGAAUGUAGAUACCAAAUAUCACACUGCACCACACCGUUUUUGUAAAUGCUAACUGACUUUUGUUCAUCAAUAAGAAUGUUACUAUUUGAAGUACCUUUUAGGGUCAUUAGACAUUGUAAUGUUAUGGAGAAAUCAGCAGUUUUAAGUUUUAAAACAUAUCGUCGCUGUCGGGCGGAAACCUCGUAUGUCCAAAUUUGGUCAAUUUCAUAUUUUUUCACAUAUCGAUGCUAUCGGUCAGUCCCCACGUGGGUCUGUUAUUUUUACAAGUUAUUAACCAAUCUAAAGUCUUGAAAAUAGCUUGAGCGCAAAUCUCAUAACUCCAUUGGACACUUAAACUGUCCACCUCUUCCUCACUCCGCGGGAGAGCUUCACGGCAUAUUUCUCCUCAAGAAGAGUCGCAACGAAUCAACACGUCUUCUGAGGUAAAUGUCUUCAAAACACUGGGCUCAAAGAAAAAAAAAUCUUGACCCCCGCUAGUUCUGGUGCUCGUCUGAGGACAGGAAUUUAGCGCAAGACAAUCCACUGCAACGCAGACUAAACCCUGUGCACUGCAGAUAAGGUACGGCGUUUUUUUAAUUUCCUGAAAAAUAACGGUUUUGGAGAUACGAGGUUUCCACCUGACAGCGACGAUAUAUUCUUUUUUUUUAAAUAAGCAAGAUCAAUUUUUGCACUUUUUUCUUCUAAUCUGAAACAUGCACAGAUACACAGAAGGAACUGACACUAUUACAGAGCCUCACUUUCCUCACAGCAAACUGCUGGAGGUGUGAAACAUUCGAAACAGCAUCGAAUCCCAUCAGUGCAUCUCACCUCAACGCACGCAGAAGCGAUUCUUCUCCGGAGCCGUGACACUCUAUAUAUCAGCACAUCGGCAGAUUGCUGAGUCGUCACUUGCACAUACACUUGCCCUGAGUGACAGGAACACCAGCUGCUGGGUGACUUGGCACCUCAGACCAGGAUAAGGUCUCAGUUUUUCAUCCCCUGUAAAACCGACCCUCAGCCUUCACAUGCACUUCUUCUAGCAGUUAGUGUUUUAUUACUUUUUUUCUAUUAUGGAUAUGGAUAUGCAACCAGCAUCUAUUUUUGCUCUUAUAAAUACUGUGUAAUUUAUAAAUAAAUAAAAAGAUUAAAAGGUCA